CAGUCGAACCUCUAUAACUCGAACCUCUAUAACUCGAACCCCUCUUCAACUCGUACUCUCUGAGCGUUCCCUUCACAUUCUCGAAAAUUCCCUGUAUUUCGACCUCUAUAACUCGAAUUUCUAUAACUCGAACACCUCUUCAACUCGAACUCAAUGAUGCGUCCGUUCAGAGUAAAGAUCUCUUUAAGUCGAACAUUCGAAAACAAUCAAAUCGGAGUUUUGGCUUCUUGCCACAAGGUGUCAGCGUAGCUGGCUGAGAUGCUCGCGUUACCGACAUUUUAGGGUAUUCCCCCAACCAAGUGUGAAAUACCGCGAAUGAAACAUCAUAACAAUAACACCAAUCUGAUUCUGGAAUGAAAUAUGUUUGGAGUUGGUGAGAUGUCGAAGCCGCGUAAACUGAAGUCUUUAACGAUCGGAAAGAAGUUAGAAAUUUUAAAAAAAGUGGAAAAUCGUGUCAACAGAAAAAUCAUUUGCCAAGAAUAUGAUAUUCCGAAAAGUACAUUAUGCACUAUAAUAAAAAACAAAGAUACAAUAGCUAAGUUUGGUGCAGAAGUGAAUAACCCUUGUGUAGUGAAGCGAAAUAAGCCUAAGAAGAAAGUGAACACUGCAUUGAUCAAGUGGUUCGAAGCUUCAAGAAAAGCAAAUUUGCCAAUCUCAGGGCCCAUUUUGCAACAGAAGGCAUUAGAUUUUUCCAGAAAAUUGGGAGAUGAAAAUUUCAAGGCUAGCUCGGGAUGGCUUGAAAAAUUCAAAAAAAGACAUGGUGUAUUGCAAAAAAAAGCGUGUGGGGAAAGUGCUGCUGUUAAUCAAGAAGAGUGUGAUAACUGGAUUCGAGAUGUUCUUCCUACAAUUUUAGCUCCUUACGAAGCUGACGAUAUUUUCAACGCAGAUGAGACUGGGUUGUUCUUCAAAUGCUUACCAGAUAAAACCUUAACUUUCAAAAAUGAAAAAUGUUACGGAGGCAAAUUAUCCAAGGAAAGGGUGACUCUUUUAUUAGCAGCAAAUAUGAGUGGCAGUGAGAAAUUGAAACCUGUAAUAAUAGGGAAAAGCGCAAAGCCACGAUGUUUCGCAGGAGUGAAAUGUUUACCCCUUACUUAUUACAGUAACAAAAAGGCCUGGAUGACGAGUGAGAUAUUUGAAAAGUGGUUGUUGAAUCUAGACAAACAUUUCCAACUUCAAAAUCGUAGAGUUCUAUUACUGAUUGACAACUGCCCUGCUCAUCCAAAUAUCGAUCAUCGAUUGAAGGCAAUAAAGUUGAUUUUUUUUCCACCCAAUACGACAUCAAAAUUACAGCCUCUUGAUCAGGGAAUUAUAAAAAGUUUCAAAUUUCAUUAUAAACGCAGGAUCUUACAAACAGUACUAGAUGGAUUUGAGUCCAAUGGCACUAUCCCCAAAAUUGAUCUCUUGGAUUGCAUUCAUACGUCGGCGGCAGUGUGGAGAGUAGAUUUAACCCAGGAGACUAUUCAAAACUGCUUCAGAAAGGCUGGUUUUGGGACACAUAACUUCUAUGACUAUGAAGACGAACUGCCGCUAUCAGAAUUGAAAAAAAUUAUGACCAGUGAACAAAAGGUAGCUUUAGAUCUCCAAGAGUCUGUUUUUAAAUGUUUGGAGGUAUUGAAUGCUGAUGAUAAGGUUUCUUUGGAGGAAUAUAUAAAUGUGGACGUGGAUCUUAUAACAAGUGAAAAUCCUUCAGAGGAUGAGAUCUUGGAAUAUGUGAACAAUAAACAAGAAGACUUGGAAAAUUUUUCAGAGACCAUACCUGAAGAUGACGAUGAAGAUGACAGUGUAGGAGCUGCAAGACAAAAGCCUUCUGACGCUGAAGUUGCUAAAGCAAUUGAAACCAUUCGGCUUGCGUUUUCAAUGAAUGAGGCUGCAACUGAUGACGAUUUAACUCUCAUAUUCGAAAUAAGCAAGAAAUUUGAAGCCUAUCGUCUAAACAAUAAAACAUUUAGGCAAACUUUAAUAACUGAUUUUUUUUAAUUCGUUAUUGUUUUAAGAUCAUAUUCUAGUUUGGAUGAUUCAAGUUAUCAGAAAUGAAUUUUAGUUUGUUAUAUUAUUAUUAUGAGGUAAUAAAUUUUUUUUGGAAAGUAUGUGUUGGAUAUUUCUCUAAGUUGAACUCUCCAUAACUCGAACUUUUUUCGCUUUCCCUUCAAGUUUGAGUUAUAGAGGUUCGACUGUAUU